UGCUCAGGAACCCAGGCAAGCCGGCACUUGGAAUGAUUUCAGGCAGCUCAGAUGCUGAAACACAGGAGCAUCAGGCCUGUGCUGCUGCUGCUGGCUCAGCCGCCCAAGGCUCAGCGCGGGCUCUCUCAGCUCAAGGCCUCCGCCCUCCUGAGGACUCCUGGAGGCGAGGCCCUCCAUGUGAGGUGCCGGCUCUUGUCAGGGCAGGGCCAGCCCCGGGGCCCUGGGCUUCGAACUAGGCUGCUGGUCACGGCCUUAUUUGGGGCGGGGCUGGGUGGGGCCUGGCUGGCCGUGAGGGCUGAGAAGGAGCGGGAGCAGCAGCGGCGGCGGACAGAGGCCCUGCGCCAGGCCUCUGUGGGCCAGGGAGACUUUAGCCUGCUGGACCACCGGGGCCAGGCUCGCUGCAAAGCCGACUUCCGAGGCCAGUGGGUGCUGAUGUACUUUGGCUUCACUCACUGUCCCGACAUCUGCCCUGACGAACUGGAGAAGCUGGUGCAGGUGGUGCGGCAGCUGGAGGCCCAGCCCAACCUGCCCCCGGUGCAGCCCAUCUUCAUCACGGUGGACCCCGCGCGGGACGACGUUGCCGCCAUGGCCCGCUACGUGCAGGACUUCCAUCCUCGGCUACUGGGCCUGACUGGCUCCGCUGAGCAGGUUGCCCAGGUCAGCCACAGCUACCGUGUGUACUACAACGCCGGCCCCAAGGAUGAGGACCAGGACUACAUCGUGGACCACUCCAUUGCCAUCUACCUGCUCAACCCCGACGGCCUCUUCACAGACUACUAUGGCCGGGCCAGGUCGGCCGAGCAGAUUGCAGACAGUGUGCGGCGCCACAUGGCUGCCUUCCGCAGUGUCCUGCACUGAGCCGGUCAUUAAAGGGCUUGGCGGA